AUGGAGCAGCGGCAGCAGCAGGUGAAGCUGGCAUGGGAUGACAUCCUGGGGGACGGGGAUGAUGGGGCUGAUGGGGCCAAGCGGGUUAAUGGAGCGGAUGGGGCGGAUGGGGUUACCAGUGGCAGCAGCAGCACCUCGAAACCGCAGCCAGCGCGAGUGUCAGUGGAUGGAGGUGAGGCGCCAGCUGGGGUUGUCCACAGAGCAGCAGAGGUAGCAGGAGCAGCAGCAGCAUCUGCAGGAGCAGAGGAAGGCAGAGGAGGGGUAUUGGAGCACACAGCAUGGGCAGAAGGGGAGGACCUGGCAGACGAGUUUGACUUUGGGGUGCUGGCGGAGAGGGCAGGUGAGGUUGAGCGGCGCGAGUCUGUUGACCUUGCCAUGGGUGGCAAGACAGUGCCUAGAGGUGGUGGCAGUGGUGGUUGCAGUGGUGAUGGUGGUUGCAGUGGUUGCAGUGGUGAUGGUGGUACGAGGCUCAAGCAGGGAAGUGGGAGCAACAGCUCGCACAUGGACCUGCUGAGGUCAGGCACAGACCUAUCUUCGUUGGGCCCCUGUCGGGUGUUCACUCUGCAGCAGCUAGCAACAGCAACGGACGGCUUCAGCCCGUCUCGCCUGCUGGGCUGCAGCAGCGGGGGCAGUGCAGGGGGCAGUGUGUACCGGGGCGAGCUGCUGGGGCGCCCAGUGGCGAUCAAGAGACUGCAGGGCCCGGCUCAUGGUGGGGGGUCCCUCUGGGACCGACUACACCCACACCUGCAGCAGCAGCCGCAGCAGAAAAGGCAACAGAAACAGCAGCAGCAAGAGCAUGAACAAGAGGCAGCCACCACCCCGCAUCCCUCGCCUGCCUCUCCUCUCCCUCCUCCCCUCGCAUGGCACCAUCGCCUGCGCAUCGCCUCUGAAAUCGCCUCCGCUCUCCUUUUCCUGCACUCCCACAGCCCCCCCAUCCUGCACUCGGACCUCAAACCCCAAAACAUCCUCCUCGACGCCCACGGCGCCAGCAAACUUUCUGACACAGGCCUAGCGGGCUCAGCUUCUUUGGCUUGUUUCCUCAGAAUCAACUGGAGGUCACGUUCAAGGUGCGGGGGACGUUUGGGUUCUUCGAUCCUGAUGUGGUUACCACCGGGGAGGUUACUGCGGCGAGUGAUGUGUAUGCGCUGGGCGUGGUGGUGCUGCUACUGCUGA